AUGCCCCGACUCAGCGAAGCAGAGAGGAACAAAUCUGUCGGUCGUUUGGAAGCUGGUGAAUCAUUUUCAGCAGUAGCCAUAGUGUUCAACGUGGCGCCAAGCACCUUAAUGAGACUGUGGAACCGAUAUCAGCACCAAGGAACCACACGUGAUCGACCCAGAUCCGGCAGACCAAUUGUAACCACCAGGGGGCAGGACCGGUACAUAAGGUUACGUCAUCUACGGAAUCUAACCACGACUGCGUCCUCUACAGCAUCCAACAUUCCGGGCCUGCGUAGGAUAUCGGCACAGACACAUGACAACGCCCGGCCACAUGCAGCUCGACACACAACAGCUUACCUUCAGGCAAACAACGUCCAGGUUGUGCCUUGGCCGUCAAAAUCGCCGGAUUUGAAUCCUAUAGAGCACCUCUGGGAUGAGUUGGACCGACGUGUACGUCAACGUCAACAACAGCCGCAGACACUAGAACAAUUGGCUCAAGCACUUCAGGAGGAGUGGGCCAACAUUCCCCAACGUGUCAUUCAGACCCUUGUUGGGUCCAUGGGAAGGAGAUGCAAGGCUGUUCUCGAUGCCAAUGGUGGGCAUACGCGAUACUGA